GAAAGUACACAUCGCUAGAAAUUUGCCCCAUCGUCUGGUUACCGAGGUUUUUUCUCGUUUCGUCGUAAAAAUGCUUAAAAAUCGUGUUAUUUAGAGCUUAAAUCGCUAAACUCGAAAUUGAAUGCGUUUUGUGAAAAUCGGGCAAUUGGAAAAACCUCACAAAAAGCAAAAACCGUUUCACCUUAGCUGCAUUUGUAUACAGAGCAGGUGGUGUUGUCUCCCUCUCGCGCCCGCACUGCUCGCUCCUGAUGUGCGAGCGAAACAACAACAAACAAGUUACAAGUUCCAACAAAAUUCCGUCUUCAUUCAAUGCAAAACUGGAGCUAGACUCCAGCAAAGACGACACCAUUCACUCCACAAGCUUGAACAAGAAACUGGUCAAGAUUAAAAAGUUCAAGUUGGACGAUAUGAAGGAGAUGGUGGGCGGCUGUUGCGUUUGUUCGGACGAGCGGGGGUGGCCGGAGAACCCGCUCGUCUACUGUGACGGCCAAAACUGUACGGUGGCAGUGCAUCAGGCAUGCUACGGCAUUGUGACGGUCCCCACGGGUCCCUGGUACUGCCGCAAGUGUGAGUCCCAAGAGCGAACCUCCCGUGUCCGAUGCGAACUAUGUCCCUCGCGGGAUGGAGCCCUCAAGAAGACAGAUAACAGCGGAUGGGCGCACGUAGUCUGUGCCCUAUACAUCCCGGAGGUUCGGUUCGGGAAUGUGACCACCAUGGAGCCUAUCAUAUUAUCGUUAAUACCGCCGGAGCGGUACUCAAAGACUUGUUACAUUUGCCAGGAGAUUGGCAAACCGAAUCGUGCCAAUGUCGGAGCAUGCAUGCAGUGCAACAAAUCCAACUGCAAGCAGCAGUUCCAUGUCACCUGUGCCCAGAGCCUUGGAUUGCUCUGCGAGGAGGCGGGAAACUAUCUGGACAAUGUGAAGUACUGUGGCUAUUGUCAGCACCAUUACAGCAAACUGAAAAAGGGCGGCAACGUCAAAACUAUACCGCCAUAUAAACCCAUUCAACAUGACACCUCUUCUGAUUCGUGUUCGUCGCCCGAGAAGGAGAUCGAUUCCACAAUGAAUUCAGCGGCGACGUCAGCCACAAGCAUUAAAAUCACCAGCAGCAGUGCCAGUGUUGGAGGCAGUAGCAGUGCUUUAAAUGCCAGCUCGAGUGUGGGAAUCUCUGGAGGAAGUGGCAGUGGAAGUGGUGUUUCGUCAUCCUCCAAGCAGCGCAAAAGCAAUGCAUCUAGUAAAUCGUCGAGCAGCAGUAGCAGCAGCUCAUCAUCCUCAACAGGAGGGGCUGUUAACGCAUCCUCGGGUUCUGGGCACUCGGGCAGUGCCAGUAAUUUGACAACUGGGGGAAGUUUACUACCAGGCAGUAGUAGUGCCCUCGGCAAUAUUAGCAGUAAUUUAAGCAAUAACCUGUCAGGAGGCAGCGGAUCAACCAGCAGUGCUGGAAACGUGGCAAGUGGAAGCUCCAGUGGAGCAGCUGCUACCAGCGGUGGAGCUACGCAAUCGAUGGCCAGUCAAUCGUCGGCAGCAGCAGGAACCACCAAAUCGUCGGCCAGCAGUUCUAGCAGUAGUAGCAGCAGCUACAAAGAGAAACAUAGCAAAAGCUUAAGCAAAUCCACUUCCAGUAAGGAUAAGGAUGGAAAAGAUACCGCUAGCAAUUCAACGAAUAAUAAUUUCUCGAAUUCAUCAGCCUCAUCGACAUCUUCCAACUCAUCCUCGACACGAGAGAAGUCCUCAUCAAAGCUUUCGAAGAACAAAGACUCCAUUCAAGUACCAAGUGCCACCAGCAGCACGAGCACAACCAGCAGUAUCAGUACUCAGCCCAGUUCGUCCUCAUCAACAGCUAGCAGUGGAUUGGGUGGAACUGGGACUCAUGUAAGCAGUUCGGCAGGAAGUGGCGUCAACUCUACUGCUUCCACAAGCAACGAGCACUCGAACCAUGCCCAGAAUCUUAGUACAAAUGGAGCGGGGAGUGGAAUUACAGCUGGGAAGCAGCAAUCGGCCAGCAAUCUGAACAAUACGCAUCUCAGUACCAGCAGUUCUGGUUUCGGAUCUGAGCUGAGAUCAGGAAACACAUCCUCAAGCUCGGCUUUGAACGAUUCCUCUGGAUUUGGUAAUAGUUCAAGCUCGGAAAGAGAGAGCUCUGGCGCUGGUUCGUCGGCAAGCAAUCUUUCUGGAGCAAUUGGACCAGUGAUGGGUGGCGUUUCAUCCAGUGCGGCCACUAAUCUAAGCACCAAUAAGGGAAGCUCUUCGUCAUCGGCGCCGAGCAAUCUUACAUCUUCGAACCUUUCCUCUGGAAGCUCCUCCAAUUCCUCAUCAAAAAAACGAAAGGCAGACUCUGCCAAGUCCAGCGGCAAUGCUUCUAUAUCUGGCUCCGCUCUGGACGAUAACAAUAGGUGGGGAACGAGAAUCGCAAAAAAAAGCUUAAUAUCCCGAUAUGAUAUCAAGGAUGUUCAUGUAGCACUGACUCCGCUAACAGACUUCGAGAAGGAAAUCGAGAAGAGCUCCAAGAGGCAACGUACCGAGCUCAGCCCGCCGACCCACCAAACAUCCGCCACCGCAGAAGUAAAUGCACCGCUGGCCAGCUCAACGAGUGCAGCCAUAGCGGUAACAGCUAGUGCUUCAGCGGCCUCAGCCCCACCACCAACGGGCAGCACUACCUCAGGCGGCAGCAGCAGCGGCAAUGCGGGCUCAACGUCUAGCGGCAACAGUUCCGGAGUACCAACGACCGGAGGAACUGCAUCUGUCGUGGGAUCUGGCGGAUAUCCAAAGACAGAGUCAAGCAAGUCGAGUGGCACAACCAGCGGAAGUAGCAGCAGCAAUACCAGCAGCAACAAACACGGCAGCAGCAACAUCAAGGACAUCAGCAGCAGCAGCAAUCAACAGCCGUCAACAGGAAGCAGCAGCAAUGCACCCAGCUUGUAUGUCUCCGUGCCGCUGUCCACGGCCAAUGUACCUGGAAUCAAUCUGCCCACCAGCAGUAAUAGCAGUAAUACCACCAGCGAAUCACAUUCAGCUGGAUCCCGCGGCAGUGGCUCACAAUCGCAGCACCAGCAGCAGAGCAAUUUACCUCAAAUGGGUGGAUCAGCUGGAGCAUUUCAUGGUGGAGCGAGCAGCGGUGGCACCAGCAGUGGCUCCUCGUCGGUCAUUCAGCAUCAGAGCGGCAAGUCCUCUCCGGCCUUGGGCAACCUAGUCAGCGGCAACAGUGGUGGCAGCAUAAUAUCGGCUAGUGGGAUACCACUGUCCAGUGGUAACCUCACUGCCACGACCACGGAGAGCGGCAACUUGAAGAUUAGCUACGAGAAGCAGACCACAAGAGUGCAGCAGUUGCAGGAACAAGAGGCGCCACCGGCAAGACGCAGCAGAUCGCGCUCCGGUGAGAGUGGCGGUAGUCACCAUGCCCACCACCACCACCAUCACCCCACCCACCACAAUAGCCACCAUCAACAAAACACACAGCAGCAGCAACAGUUACACCAACAGCAGCAGCAACAGAACGCGUCAUCGCAACAGCCACAUGUGCUGCAUUCCUCCACCAACUCGUCCUCAUCCUCCUCCACAUCUACCUCCUCGUCCUCUUUGUCUGGUGGUAAUGCCUCAGCUACAUCCUCCUCCAAUUCCAAGGGUCCCUCGAGAUCGGGCAAAAAACGUGGGGCUGCCCAGACCAAGAAUGAGGUGGCCACAACGGCAACACCAGCAGCGGUGGCCACAACACCAGCCGAAAAGCAGAGUCGCCACAGCUCGCCCCACUACAAUGCCACGCCCACCCCUCCACCGUCGUCUGCUGCACCACCACCAGUGGUAUCGUCGCCGGUGGUGAUGUUGCAAUCCCUGUCCUCGUCCUCGGUCGAUUCCCCGCCAGCAACAGCGGUUCCAGUGACUGCCAGUAGUCGCAACACGCGCAACAAUAACAGCAGCAGCAACGCCAAUCACAAUGGCGAGCAGACAUCGUCGUCCUGCUCGUCCACUUCGUCCUCCUCCUCGAGUGGAGGCUCUAGUGGUUUGGCAAAUGUGGUUAAUCUGAUAGACUCGCCGGUAAAUAUGUCAGCUUCGGGAAACUAUCGCGGCAGCAGCAAUUCCACUAGCAAUGUGUUGUCGGCGGGCAACAACAGCAGUCAGGCCAAGCCCUUGAACAAGAAAAUGUUGCGUGCGCAGCAGACCCAGCUGUAUCAACAGCAGCAGCAACAACAACAACAGCAGCAGCAAUAUGCACCCCCCGCUAGAUCCAACUCCCCUACAAAUCUUAGCUCUACCUCAGCUUCCAACUCAGCUAGCUUUUCGCACUUGCAACAACAGCAACAGCCACAGGCACAGCAGCAACACGAAGAUCUAGAGAUUUUGCAAUUCACUAAUACAAAUACCACUCCCUCUUCCAAUACGCCCACAUCGAAACCCAACAACAGAACGCCCGAUCUCAGCACGGCCAGCAAUUCAUCCUCAUCAGCAUCCACAGUGCCCGCGACAACAGCUCCUUUGGCCCUGCUGAGUAAUCAAUUGCCACUUAACUCGCUGGCAAGUGGUGGAUCGAGCGGUGGCCUAAAGUUCACCUAUGAGAGUCAAACGCAGCUGGACGUGCCCAUGUUGCCAGUUAGCGCGAUUAAGGAUUCGCCCCCUAGCUCGCCUGGCUCAGAGAUUGGCUCGUCAAUGCACCCGGCAACGACGGCAGGUUCCCUGACUGCAGCAGCUCAAGCAUCGGCGGCUGCUCAGCCUGGAAAUGUUCGGAAGCGUGGUCGCAAAGCUAAGGACUCGACGAUAGCAGCAACAGCGGCGGCAGCUGCAGCAGCCGCGGCUGCUAUAAGCAAUGCUCAACAGGAUCUCAAGGAUGUGCGCAUACUGCAGAAUGGAGCAGCUAGUGGUUCGAGUAAUCCAGCCAGCAACACACCUACACCUCCUGCAACGCCAGCGGGGUCCUCGACUGCUAGUUCAGCCAGUUCGAUUAUUACGCACACCGCCGCCCAUAUGCUGGGCAACCAGAUCAAUCCCAAUAGCAGCGUGGCCCAGAAGCUGUCCGAGCAGUUGCACAUGGAGGUUCAGGAUCACUCUAUCUACACGCCCGAUUCGAUGAACUCGCAGUACGCCGGAGUUCCGUUCCCCGGCAAGCAGCGUAAUUCAAGUGCUGCUUCCGCCAACGCCACACCAGCUCCAAAUCCGCUGCAGUCAAUGUUCAGUGGAGGUAUGAACGGAAACAUGCCCAUCCCGCAGAGCCUAGAACAACUACUGGAGCGCCAAUGGGAACAAGGUUCACAGUUUCUCAUGGAACAGGCGCAGCACUUUGACAUUGCCUCACUGCUUAAUUGUCUGCAUCAGCUGCAGAGCGAAAACCUCCGGCUGGAGGAGCAUGUAACCAGCCUGAUAGCACGACGGGAUCACUUACUGGCGGUCAAUGCGCGCCUGCAGAUCCCGCUGAACACCAUCGCAAGUAAUGCCAAGGCCGAGGCGCAUGGUAAGUAGAGAAGGCGCCUAUUCUCUAUUGUUCUUGGUGUCGGCACUUGCUCGCUCCCACCACGUGGCACUGGAGGAGCAUCACAUCCCACUUACACAGCCACUGCUCACAGACCAAAUUUUGCGUUUAAUUUUUUGUACUUACUUUUUUUUUUUGGUAUUCGUUGUACAUACAAAUGGAAUUUGAGUCGAGUUCCAUGUCGUAGUCUUAAGUAACUUAUGUUAAGUUAACAACUAAACUGGUUACGAAUGGUCAUCUUUAUAAACGAAGUUUGUACAUAAUAUACACACCCACAUUCGGUCAAUGGAAUUACUGUUUGACAAACAGAAGCAGUGAUGGUAAACAUUUAUUAUUGCAUUUAACGACCACAUGACGACGCGUCACCUCUUCUUUAAAAUACUGAAUGCUUCUCUAUCUUUAUCAUCAGUCCAUCCCCCGAUUAGCUAACUUUACUUUAGUUCAUAUUUUUAAGUUAGUCAUAUGUAUUUACGGAAAAAUACAGAACCUAAUUAUACUUA